CUCUGGCCUCCAUUUCUGAAAAGAGAGCCCGCCGCCGAUCUCAAGUCUUCGCCCGUGUUUUUUUAAACAGUUAAUUCAUUGAACUCGGCUCUGACGGGAAUUCAGGCGAUUAUCUGGAGGUUGAGGUUCAAAUACCAAUGUUAUACGUUUUACGAUUUUACGCUAUUCAAACGAGGGCCGAACCGUAGCUUGCUUUUUAUUGAACCUUUUAACUUUACUCGGCGUAUUCUGCCUCUCCCCCUCUCUCUUGACCGCCCCACUUACUCCCUUCCUCCCCCCUCGUGCGUGAGUUGGGGCCUGCUCCGUUGGUUUGGCCACGAGGCGCAUUUACACUUGGUCGAAGCGAUGGCGGAGUUCGGAAAUGGGCUGGCGGAGGAAUCGCUACUAGAUUCUGACCCUGGACACCCCGAAUUGGAAGACCCCGGAGUUGGUGACGAGGAGCCGGGAUUAGAAGAGGGAGAGGCGGCAAUUGAAGACCCGGAGCUGGAGGCUAUCAAAGCCCGUGUGAGAGAGAUGGAGGAAGAGGCAGAGAAACUGAAGGAGUUGCAGAACGAGGUGGAGAAACAAAUGAAUCUAAGCCCCCCGCCAGUCGGCCCAGUCAUAAUGUCGUUUGAGGAAAAAAUGGAAGCAGAUGGCCGAUCGAUAUACGUCGGAAACGUGGAUUAUGGUGCGACUGCCGAGGAGCUGGAGGCGCACUUCCAUGGAUGCGGUUCAGUAAAUAGAGUCACCAUCUUGUGUGACAAAUAUACAGGGCAUCCCAAAGGGUUUGCAUAUAUCGAGUUUGCAGACAAAGAGUCUGUGAGGACAGCGAUGGCUUUGGAUGAGUCUCUGUUUAGAGGAAGACAGAUAAAGGUCGGCGCAAAGAGAACAAACAGACCCGGCAUCAGCACCACAGAUCGCGGAUUUUCCCGGGCUCGAUUCCGAUCACGGGGAGGAAACUUUUCUUCACGCGCUCGCUACUACAGUGGCUACACACCACCCAGAGGCAGAGGACGGGCCUUCAGGUUUCAGGACCAGUGGAGGUUGACGACCCCUCCCCAGGUGGCGCCGCCGCCCCCCACUGUCUCCGCAGCGUCUCUCUCUCUCUCUGCUCCCGCUAUGCACACUCACCCCAUUCUCUCCGUGUGGGGGGGAGGGGGGCAGGGCGACCACAGGCCGGCCACAGGGGGCAUUUACUACAACAGCAAACGCUGAUGAUGCUUUGGGGUUCCCCCCCUCCCCGCAACACACACACACACACACACGUUUGAUUCGCACGUCAGCACACUGCAGUACAGACGCCACUUAACAAUUCGCUGGCCCAACAUGUGAUUUUUAUACAUCGCCAACAAAGUUGAAAGGCAGUUUUUCGGGAGUAAGAAAGGCAAGAUGUUGUAUGUGUGUGUGUUCGUGUGUGUGUGUGUGUGUGUGUGCGCCUGUGUUUUGAUGCGGGGGGUACAGUUGGGCCCCAUUCCAUUCUGACAUUGCGCAGUGCAGUCACGGCUUGUCAGAGGGAGGCUGACCAGUUUGUGGCAUUGAUUAAGUUAACGGAGUGGGCUGAUAUUUUACGCAGGUUAAGCAGGGAGCGGUGCCAGUUGUGUGUUGACAUUUCUCUUGGGUGAAAAAGAGGGACGUGGGGUUCAACAACAAAAAAAAUUUUUUUUAACUUUUUUUUUUC